AAACCCACAAACAUUUCUGAGCAAGGGGUAAUGUGUAUAGGGAUGUUUCUGAGGCUAAUCUGGCAGCAUUGUUUAAAUUGAGAGGAAGGAAAGAAAAGCUGGAGGCAGAGAAAUGGAGAAACUCAUAUAAGAUUUAUAAGGAACUCUUCCUCUGAAUUCAUGGUGUUUCAUCAUAUAUACAACUGAAAAAUCAGGACCUUUUUAGGUUACUGUUACUCAAACAAAAAGAUGACAUCUAUUAUCAAAUUAACUACCCUCUCUGGGGUCCAAGAGGAGUCUGCUCUUUGCUAUCUUCUCCAGGUUGAUGAGUUUAGAUUUCUAUUGGACUGUGGCUGGGAUGAGCACUUUUCUAUGGAUAUUAUAGAUUCCCUGAGGAAGCAUGUUCACCAGAUCGAUGCAGUGCUGCUGUCUCACCCGGAUCCUCUCCAUCUGGGUGCCCUCCCGUACGCUGUGGGAAAGUUGGGGCUCAAUUGUGCYAUCUAUGCAACCAUUCCUGUUUAUAAAAUGGGACAGAUGUUCAUGUAUGAUCUUUACCAGUCUAGACACAAUACAGAAGAUUUUACACUCUUUACGUUAGAUGAUGUGGAUGCGGCCUUUGAUAAAAUACAGCAGCUGAAAUUCUCUCAGAUUGUAAAUUUGAAAGGUAAAGGACAUGGCUUGUCUAUCACACCUUUGCCAGCUGGUCACAUGAUAGGUGGAACAAUAUGGAAAAUAGUCAAAGAUGGAGAAGAAGAAAUUGUUUAUGCAGUUGACUUCAACCACAAGAGGGAGAUCCACUUAAAUGGAUGUUCCCUGGAAAUGCUAAGCAGACCCUCUCUACUUAUCACAGAUUCAUUUAAUGCUACAUAUGUGCAGCCUAGAAGAAAACAGAGAGAUGAACAACUUCUGACGAAUGUCCUGGAAACACUUCGAGGUGAUGGAAAUGUAUUAAUAGCAGUGGACACUGCAGGCAGAGUUUUGGAACUUGCUCAACUUCUUGAUCAGAUCUGGAGAACUAAAGAUGCAGGAUUGGGUGUUUACUCCUUGGCACUCCUAAAUAAUGUCAGUUAUAAUGUGGUGGAGUUUUCUAAGUCCCAGGUAGAAUGGAUGAGUGAUAAAUUGAUGAGAUGUUUUGAAGACAAAAGAAAUAAUCCAUUUCAGUUUCGCCAUCUCUCUUUGUGCCACGGUCUUUCUGACUUGGCUCGUGUGCCUAGCCCCAAAGUUGUACUUGCCAGCCAACCUGACCUGGAAUGUGGAUUUUCAAGGGAUCUCUUUAUUCAGUGGUGUCAGGACCCUAAAAACUCAAUCAUUCUGACUUAUAGAACUACUCCUGGGACUUUAGCACGUUUCCUAAUUGAUAAUCCUUCUGAAAAAAUUACAGAAAUAGAGUUGAGGAAACGUGUGAAGCUUGAAGGGAAAGAACUUGAAGAAUACUUGGAAAAAGAGAAGCUAAAGAAGGAAGCUGCUAAAAAACUUGAACAAUCAAAAGAGGCAGAUAUUGAUUCCAGCGAUGAGAGUGAUGUGGAGGAAGAUAUUGACCAGCCGUCAGCUCAUAAGACAAAGCACGACCUGAUGAUGAAAGGUGAAGGUAGUAGAAAAGGAAGCUUCUUCAAACAGGCAAAGAAAUCUUAUCCCAUGUUUCCUGCCCCAGAAGAAAGGAUUAAAUGGGACGAGUACGGAGAGAUCAUCAAACCAGAGGAUUUCUUAGUGCCAGAACUUCAAGCUACUGAAGAAGAAAAAAGCAAAUUAGAAUCUGGCUUGACAAAUGGAGAUGAACCCAUGGAUCAAGAUUUAUCCGAUGUUCCUACCAAGUGUAUUUCUACAACAGAGUCUAUUGAAAUAAAAGCCAGGGUUACUUAUAUCGACUAUGAAGGACGCUCUGAUGGGGAUUCCAUUAAGAAAAUCAUUAAUCAGAUGAAACCACGACAGUUGAUCAUUGUCCAUGGCCCACCAGAGGCCAGUCAAGAUCUGGCAGAGUGCUGCCGUGCGUUUGGUGGGAAGGAUAUUAAAGUGUACAUGCCAAAGCUACACGAAACAGUCGAUGCCACCAGUGAAACACACAUCUACCAGGUGAGAUUAAAAGAUUCACUUGUCAGCUCCCUUCAGUUUUGUAAGGCAAAAGAUGCUGAAUUAGCAUGGAUAGAUGGUGUCUUAGACAUGAGAGUUUCCAAAGUAGACACAGGAGUUAUUUUAGAAGAAGGAGAACUAAAGGAUGAUGGUGAAGACUCAGAGAUGCAGGUGGACGCUCCUUCCGAUGCCAGCGUAAUAGCUCAGCAAAAGGCCAUGAAAAGUCUGUUUGGAGAUGAUGAGAAAGAAACGGGUGAAGAAAGUGAGAUCAUCCCCACCUUGGAGCCUUUGCCACCGCAUGAGGUUCCUGGACAUCAGUCAGUUUUUAUGAAUGAACCAAGACUAUCAGACUUCAAGCAAGUUCUUUUACGGGAGGGGAUUCAAGCUGAAUUUGUAGGAGGUGUACUUGUUUGCAACAAUCAAGUAGCAGUUCGUAGAACGGAAACUGGACGCAUCGGAUUAGAAGGCUGCCUUUGUCAAGAUUUUUAUAGGAUAAGAGACCUUUUAUAUGAACAGUAUGCUAUUGUGUAAAAGACAGGAUGUCAAGAAGUAUCUGCUUGACCUUUCUAAGAAAAAGGAUUCUUAUCUUAUUUUAAGCUUUUGCUGUUUUGUUUUGUAACAUAUGAAAGAAAUCU